UCACCUUUGCCUCUGCAGCCAAAUUCAGGCCAUUGGUUCCUUGAAAGAUAAGGGAAUUAUAUUCCAGGUGAAAAUGAAAACCGAGCCCCAUCAUGAUCAGAAGACUAAAAAGUAGCUAUGCCAAUUUUGUUACAAAUUGUUCUGAAUAAUUACAGAAUAUUGUAAUCACUUGGUCGAAUGGAUCAAUUAGAUUGGAGAGAUGUCAAUUAUCAAAAGAAGAACUGGAAUGGAGCACAACUAAGAUGAAAAAACCGGCAUUGAUCAAUCUUCAAUAUAUGUUAUUUCUAAGUAUCAGUUUGUGGUCCGGGGCUGGGGAUUUUGCAUCCUGGAUCACACAAGAAAAAAGAUCAAUGCUUGAGCAGCAAAUUUCCUGACCAUGCAUUGCCUGCCAAACGGGCCACAGUUAGCUCAUAGCUAAGUGGUAUGUGACUAUGUGGUGUGGACUAGUCAUUGUUUGUCUAAGUAAUUGUAUACAUGCAUACCAGGCACGUCCAUACACGCAGGAAAACCUCUUUUUAAAGUAAACCUACAUCCUAAUAUUCACGGUCACAGUUACAUUUUGCACAUUUUACAAUUGAUUUUGUAUAAUGAGACAAUAAGUGCUACUUGUGCUGUCCAUGCAAUAGAAUCAUUUCAUCCCUGCAAGGAAUUGUCAAUCUAAUACCCAAGGUGGUGUUGACUACUGGUGAGAGUAAACCAGACCAUAUACUACAUCGCCAUAGAAUUUCAACCUUCUGUAGUGCAAGUCUUGCUAAAGUCAGAAGCCUUGGGCCACAGAAUUUAUGGUAUUUCCUUUCCAUCCCAAGAGUAGAUAAACAUAGAAAGCAGGAGAUAUUUAUGAGCCCCUCAACAAAGGUUGUUUUCAUUCAACUGCAUUAUUCUCCGGCCACCCUACCUCUAUUCUCGUACCCUCAACUUUUUUCUGUUACCCAAAGACUUUAAUUCUCAUGAUCACCCUGUAAAAUUGACCACAAUUCAAUUAUAAAAACCUCCCCAAAUUAAAUAAAAUAAAACCACAUUCUUCUUCUCUUGCGGCCUUUUUUUGUGUCAUGGAGCCUUCAGAUAUUUCAUAUGAUUCUGAUCUUGUUUCUAGUACAAACCACACUGAUCUUGAGCCACUUGAUCUCUUUCCUGGUGCAAUGCAAAAUUCUCUUGAGCCUAUGCCAUUGCUGAGCUGCUUUCUUGGCUCUACAGAGACAACAUUGGAUGAUCAAAACCCUAAAGCAUGCAGUGAAGAUGGAGAGGAUGUCACUGUGGCCUUGCACAUUGGUCUUCCUAAUCCUUCCAAUAUCUCCAUCAAUCCAAACAGCCAGGAAAAUGACAAUGGAGCUGCUAAACAGUAUUGGAUCCCAACUCCUGAAGAAAUCCUCAUUGGCUUCACACAUUUUUCUUGCCAUGUCUGCUCUAAAACCUUCAACCGUUACAAUAAUCUUCAGAUGCACAUGUGGGGACAUGGUUCAGAGUAUCGUAAAGGACCAGAGUCGCUGAAAGGAACCCAACCGCGAGCCAUGCUAGACAUUCCAUGCUACUGCUGUGCGGAAGGAUGCAAAAACAACAUUGAACAUCCGAGCGCAAAGCCGCUAAAAGAUUUUAGGACAUUGCAAACACAUUAUAAGAGGAAACAUGGGCUGAAACCCUUUAUGUGCCGCAAAUGUGGGAAGUUCUUGGCAGUGAAAGGUGACUGGAGAACCCAUGAGAAAAACUGUGGCAAGCGUUGGCUUUGUGUUUGCGGUUCUGAUUUCAAGCAUAAGAGAUCACUCAAAGACCACAUCAAGGCUUUUGGCCCUGGCCACGGUCCUUUUCCUCCAUCAUUUGAUGGGUUUGAGGUACUUGAGGACGCUGCAUCUUCCCUACAUGUCUGAAAAUUUCCUUAACCAACUUCUAAAAUAAAUACUACUAUUUCUUUCACUAA